AUUCCUCAAUGUUUGAGUAAUUUGACAAUUAUGAGUCUUCGAGAGAACAAUUUCGACGGAAGUAUUCCUGACACUCUCUGUACCAGUGCCUCUCUACUGAUACUCGAUGUUAGCUAUAAUCGAUUAACAGGGAGGCUUCCAAGGUCUCUUGUAAAUUGCUCAUCUCUAAAGCUUCUAAGCGUUGUAAACAACAGAAUCCAAGACACGUUCCCUUUCUGGCUUAAGGCUUUACCGAAUUUGCAAGUCCUUACCCUUCGCUCGAAUCAAUUUUACGGUCCGAUAUCUCCCCCUCAUCAAGGUCCUCUUGGGUUCCCAGAGCUGCGGAUAUUUGAGAUAGCUGACAAUAAGUUUACUGGAAGCUUGCCACCAAACUACUUUGUGAACUGGAAAACAUCAUCAGAAUAUGAGGGUUUAUAUAUGGUAUACCACGACCAGCGAUACGAUGAAAUCGGCUAUAGUUACAGGAUAAUAGUAGACUUGCAUUACAAAGGGUUAUCCAUGGAGCAACAGCUGGUCCUCACUGCCUACAGCGCCAUUGAUUUUUCUGGGAAUAGACUUGAAGGAGAGAUUCCUGAAUCCAUUGGUCUUUUGAAGGCACUGAUUGCACUCAACUUAUCAAACAACGCUUUCACAGGCCAUAUUCCUCUGUCUUUUGCAAAUCUUAAGGAGCUCGAGUCACUAGACGUGUCAAGAAACCAACUCUCAGGGACUAUUCCUAAUGGACUCGGGGGCCUUUCGUUUUUGGAGUACAUAAAUGUGUCUCAUAACCAACUCAGAGGAGCAAUACCACAAGGACCACAAAUCAUGGGGCAACCUGAAUCCUCCUUUGAAGGAAAUGCUGGUCUUUGUGGUCUUCCUUUGGAGGAGACUUGCUAUGGGAGUCAUACGCCACCAACACAGCAGCCUAAAGAAGAAAACGAGGACGAGGAACAAGUGUUGAGCUGGAAAGCGGUGGCCAUAGGAUAUGGAUCUGGAGUGUUGGUUGGAUUGGCAGUAGCACAACUUAUUGUUUCAUACAAGCCGGAGUGGCUCGCCAAGAUAAUGUGUCUGAAUAAACGCAAAAACCGCUAGGACUGCUUGGGUUGGAGUUUUUUACUUUUCGGAUGUCUGUCAAGUUUUUUGUUGGUCUUGUAUUGAAGUUUCCUCUGUGUUUUUUGUAUCUUGUAACUGAUGCUUUCAUCUAUUUGUUUUUCUAUUAAGUAAGAAUGGUGAAUUCUAUGUACCGGUGUG